CACAGUUGUUAGUCGGUCGCCAUUAUCGAUUUCUUCGUGGCAAAAGAGGAAUAUAAAAAUUGCGAUACAGAAUAACGCACCGGUCACAAAAGCGCAGGAAAACGCGGCGUUAAAUUAAGAGCAAGCUGCAAAAUAUUUAAAAAAUCGGUCGCCUGUGUUGUCUAUAUUAUUUUAGUGUAACAAUCAAUUAUUAUAGCAAAUAGUUCAAUCAAUCAAUACGUCUUCACUUCUGUGUUGUGUUUCUGUGUGUAUGUUUUGUGUGUGCGUAUUGGUCUCUUGUCCGCUCCUGAUAUAAUUAAAUUAAUAAAAGCAUCAAAAUACUCGUUUAAAUAAAAAUUCGCCGAGUGCAGAGUGUUAUAAAAUCAACAGCUUCAACAUGACUAUGGCUGGGCAAACAAUCAAUGACAGGCUGCUGGCUGCCAGACACAGCCUUGCGGGCCAAGGACUGGCCAAGUCUGUGUGCAAGGCCACAACUGAGGAAUGCAUUGGGCCGAAGAAGAAGCAUUUGGAUUAUCUGGUGCAUUGCACAAACGAGCCAAAUGUCUCGAUACCCCAUUUGGCCAAUUUACUUAUUGAACGUUCACAGAACGCCAAUUGGGUGGUCGUCUAUAAGUCUCUGAUAACUACACAUCAUUUGAUGGCAUAUGGCAAUGAGCGCUUCAUGCAAUACCUAGCUUCGAGCAAUUCUACAUUCAAUCUCAGCUCCUUUCUGGACAAAGGAACUGUGCAAGAUGGUGGCAUGAGCGUUCCAGGUGGCAGAAUGGGCUAUGAUAUGUCACCUUUUAUUCGACGCUAUGCCAAGUAUUUGAAUGAGAAAUCGCUCUCGUAUCGUGCCAUGGCAUUUGACUUUUGCAAGGUUAAGCGCGGCAAAGAGGAGGGCUCCUUGCGCAACAUGAACGCUGACAAACUUCUAAAGACCUUACCAGUUUUGCAGGCACAAUUGGAUGCACUUUUGGAGUUUGAUUGCCAAUCGAAUGAUCUGACCAAUGGCGUCAUUAACAUGAGCUUCAUGUUGCUAUUUCGCGAUCUCAUACGCCUAUUUGCGUGCUAUAAUGAUGGCAUUAUUAAUUUGCUGGAAAAGUAUUUCGAUAUGAAUAAAAAACACGCACGCGAUGCUCUAGACUUGUAUAAAAAGUUCUUGGUACGCAUGGAUCGUGUGGGUGAAUUCCUGAAAGUUGCCGAGAACGUGGGUAUUGAUAAAGGAGACAUACCCGAUUUGACUAAGGCGCCCAGCUCCUUGUUGGACGCUUUGGAGCAGCAUUUGGCUACGCUGGAGGGCCGUAAAGUAUCGGCAGCCAAUACACCCACACAGUCGUCGAGCUAUCAGCGAACGAAUGUUAAAUCAGCUGUCACUGCACUCUCUUCUACCAGCUCUGCAUUUGGCACUGCGGCAGCUUCCAGCAAAUUUGAUACCACCAAUGGCAUUGACGAGCAACUGAAGGCACAGGUGCUGGCCGAGGAGGAGGCCGCCAUGAAUCAGUACAAAUCCAAGGUAUCGUCGCCCACUAGUAGCGGAGCUGCUGGCGCUAGCGCUGCACUAACAAAUCCAUUCCUAUCGUCACCACCAGCCGCACAGGCUGGCCAACCGAUAGUUGAUCUGUUUGGUGCCGCGUCGGCACAGCCCGCUGCUGCUGCAGGUGCUCCGGCAGCACAGGCGACAAAAGCUUCCGAUGAUUUGCUGCAGUUGGGCAAUCCGUUUGCCGACAUGUUCGAGGCCAGCGGUGGCGGUGGUGCCGCCGGCGGAGCAACAGGUUUCAAUGGCGCCUCAGUAACUUCCGCUGCUGCAACAAACGCAUUCGUUUCCGAUAGUAAUUUCACAUCCGUUUUUGGUAAUACGGAGCCCACAGCGAUGUCCGUGCCGUUGCCAAAUCCCUUUUUUGAUGCCAUGGAGACGCAAGCGGUUGUACCUUUUGUUGCUGCAAAUCUUAUGGAGCAGACGCAGCAGCAACAACAACAACAGCAGUUAUUCUACGUGCAGCAGCAGCAACAACAACAAGCAACUUCAACGAUAUUACAGCCAACUUCCAUGGCAACGACAAUGGCACAAUUUCCAGCAGGCUUCGAUGCUUUGGGAGAUGUUCUCAAGCCGGCGACAGCAAACGGCAAUCAAAUGAAUGUUGUCACUACAGGUGCAGCGUUUGUCGGCUACAACAAUAGCAACAACAGUUCUGCGUUGACAUUGCAACAGCAACAGCAGCAACAACUCUUGCAACAACAGCAACUUUCACAGCAACAGCAGCAGCAACAACAACAGCCAGCGAGCACUGGAAAGAUAAUAACCGGCGAUUUGGAUAGUUCACUAAUGUCACUAGUUGAUAAUUUAAAUAUAAAUAAAACGGCAAGUGCAAAACCCGUGCAAUGGAAUUCACCUAAAAAUACAGCGAAACCAGGUGCUAAUUGGACACCACAACCAAUGGCGGCUACAACUGGUGCUGGCUAUCGUCCAAUGGGCAUGCCGGUGAUGGGGCAGCCAACUAUGCUGGCACAGGCAGCCCCUUUGACUGGAGUGCAACCGACGAUGAUGGCGGCGCACAGUAAUGCGACAACGACGGCGGCGGGAGCGGCGGCGGGGGCGAGCAUUAUGCAACCCACACAGGCAACGCAAAAUGGUCGCAAUAAAAACGUGCCGCUCGAUCCAUUUGGUGCGUUAUAAGGCAACAACAACAAACCAAUCAACCAACCAACCAACCAACCAACAGCAACAACUCACACAUACCUAAACACUAAGCGCUAUAACCUCAUAAAAAGCAAAACAACAAGCAUACCAUACAUAUACAUAAUACAUAUAUUAUGAACAUAAAUAUAUAUACAUAUAUAUAUUUGCAUAUAUUUAAAGAAAAACACAACCAAGAAAUUAAAAAUUGCAUUCAAGCAAAUGAUGUUUUCACACCACACAAAAUUAUAGAAAUGGAAAGCUUAAAGGUUUAGAGCAACAGAAUGAAACUCUAUAAAAUGUUGAACAUUGAGCAUACACGAAAAAUGAUGCUUAAUGCAUAUAUAUUUAUAUUAUAACUAUAUUAAAAGUAAACAAAAACAAAUGAGUUUAACUAUUUAUAUGUAUACACACUAUGAAACCCAAUUGAUAUAUGUACUAUAUGCUGGGAAAAGAAAAGGGAAAACAUGAGAAAAAAGUAAAACUAAAAUCAAAUACUAUAUACAGCUCCUCCCACAAAUAGCUAAAGUAAACCGAUUAGUAGUAGCCUAUAUGUGAAAUAUAAAUUGUAAGCAAAUCCCGUAGUUGUGUCCCACGCCAAUCAUUAAAGAGGCAACGCCUAAACAAACAGCCGUCUGUACACUGUACAAAAACACAGUCACAGUCCCUGAUGUUCAGUUUACUUGGCCAUAAGCACUACGAGUAUAUAGCCAAUUGCUUAUCAAGUUUGCAAAAAUUAUAUCCGUCUUGUAAAAGAUUAUGCUUGCGUGUGUAUUGCAUAACAUCCGAGUUUAAUUUAGACAUUUAUACAAGUUUACAUAAUUGUUUUUAUCGUUCUUUUGUAGAUUUUGUUGUUGUUUUUUUCUUCCAAAUUUUUUAGAAGCAUUCCAAAAAGGUAGAAAGAAGAUGAAGAAGCAAAACUGACUAGUUUCAAUCAAUUGUCCAAAUUGGAUUUAAUAUACAAUACAUAUUUAAGUAUUAUUUAAAAUUGAUCAAUCGAUUUACAAACUAUGCUUACAAUUUUGUGAAACAUUUGUGUAUAAUAAUAUUAUAUUAGUACUUUGUAUUAGCCAUUUAUUUAAUAGCUGUUGGCAUUAAUGAAAGCAGAAAAGAAUUACUUCUUUUUGGAUUGUGUAAAUAUAUGCAUGGCAAUAAAAAAACAGAAAAUCACAAAAAACCCUCUGAUUUAUGGUUAAAUAAAUUUAUAUAUGUACAAUUUAA